UUUGCUUUAUUUUUUUGUUAUCUACUUCUAUCAUCCAAUAUAUAUUUUUAUUCUUUCUUGUUCUUUUUUUCCUUUCUUUUUCUUUUUCCUUUCCUUCUUUCUUUAAACAUCAGUGUUCAUUUAUUUUACCAUCUCCUCCCACCCUAUCUCUUGUGCGUGUUCAUUCCAAAUGAUAUCACAUGCAUGUUUGCACUCACAUGCCCAUGUGUUCGCAGUACAUGUGCUCUGGUGUGCGUAUGCAGACACACCACACAUCCCUAAGAAUAAACACCAGUUUUAUUAUAGUAACUGGUUUAGAUACAUAAAUGAAAAAGGCAAGCUUUAUGGAUAAAUGUUGAAUAUGUUCCGCUGUCUAUGUUCAAUCCACUGAAUCGAAUCUGUUUCUGGAUCUAUAAAUGCUGAGAAAUCAUGGGAAACCAACAUUCUAGUAAAAGGUGUCAAUGUUUGUCUCCGAAUCGACAUCGUUCACACCCACAGGAGUUACAGAACCACAGCCAUCUCAGUCAAGUUACAUCUUGGAUACCACCACGAGACAAUUGGUAUCCAAAGAAUGGCCUGCCAUAUGGUUGGGAGGAAGCUCUUGACAAAAAUGAUAAGCCCUAUUAUAUCAACCACAUCGAACGUUACACAACAAGAGCUGAUCCAAGAGAAGAUGUUGAUUACAUUGAGCCUCCUCAACCCAGAGACGUCACUUUGUCAAGAGACCCUCACAGAGGGUUUGGCUUUGUUGCUGGCAGUGAAAAACCAGUUGUUGUCAGAUUUGUCACUGAAGGAGGACCCAGUAUGUCAAAGCUGUUGCCAGGAGACCAAAUUAUUAAAAUCAAUGGCGAAGAUGUAAAGAAGUCUCCAAGAGAUUAUGUCAUUGACUUGGUCAGGUCAUCGGAACAUACUAUUAAUUUGACAGUAUGUCAGCCUUAUGUGGAAAAUGCUGGUCGAAGAUCUGCUUUUUUAACACCUGCCAAGAAAGCCCGCUUAAGGAGCAACCCUACCAGGGUUCGCUUUGCUGAUGCUGUCACUGUGAAUGGUACUUCUGUUAUUAGUCCAUCCUGCCAAGAAAGCUAUGUGCCUUUGAUGCCGAAUGUAUUAAAAGUGUUUUUAGAAAACGGGCAGACCAAGUCUUUCAAGUAUGAUAAUAAAACAUCAGUAAAGGAUGUUAUCAACUCUCUACAAGAAAAGCUGAAUAUCAAGAGCAUACAUCAUUUUGCUUUGGUACUUUUCAACAUGCGAAGCCCUAUUCCAGGGAAACUAUCUAUUCUACGAGAAAAUGAAACUGUUGCUGAGGUUGCAGCCCGACCAGGGUCACGUCACUUUAGAUGUCUUUUUCGGAUCACUUUUGUACCUGUUGAUGCAUACCGUUUACUGAAAGAGGAUCCACCAGCAUUUGACUACUACUUCACUCAGUGUUGUAAUGAUGUCGUCCAAGAACGAUUUGCUGGAGACCUUAAAUAUGAGAGUAUGUUCCGUUUAGCAGCCCUUCAUAUUCAACAACAUAUUACAAGUCGAGGAACCCAAACAAAAUUUUCUCUGAAGUCAUUUGAAAAAGAAUUUGGUUUAAACAGAUUUGUUCCAAGGACAAUUUUAGAAAACAUGAAAAUGAAAGAUGUACGGCGAACACUGACCCACUAUUUGAGGCAGAAUCAAAGUCUUUCAGUACCUGGCCAGAAGAAUUUGACUUCAAUACAAGCACGGCUACAUUAUAUUAAGAUUUUGUCUGACCUCAUGACAUUUGGAGGAAGAAUUUUCCUUGCUACUAUUAUGGACGGAGGCCACAAGUCUGAGCAUAUGAUUGUUGUUGGACCAAGAACUGGUAUCAGUCGAAUUACUAAUGUCAAAACUUACCAUUUGCAACUGAUUGCUGAAUUUGAACAGAUUGAAGAGCUGAGGACAAGUCGGGAUGGGGACAACAUCCAAUGGGUUACAGUCUGUAUAAAAGGAGAAAUGCCACAAGCACUUUGUGUAGGACUUCUCAAUGAUGAUGUCCCAGAUUUCAUUGCUCUUUUAGAAGGUUACUACCGAGCAUUUGUUGACAGCACCAAGAUUCUUUUAGACCAGUCUCAGAUCCAAAAAGAUGAAGAGGAUAUUGCUGCCCCAGCCUAUGAUGGUAAACAUCGAGUAAUACCAAAUCAUUGGAGUUAUCCUGACAACAUGCUGUCCCAGCCAGUAGAAAUGGAUACUGGACAAACGAUGGGAAAGGUACAGGAUACUGAUUGUAUCGUAGACCUUUCUCAGUGUACGCCUGCAUACGAUGACGAAGAGUUGAUGAGUAACUUUUCUGAUGAGACAAGGUAUGUAAGCUCUCACCAUAUCCAGGAAACAGAUCGACCAGUGAAUGGCAACAUUGAGGGUUCGUUGCAUUGCACUGAUUUAUCUGCAUCAAACACUUUUGCAAAUAAGUGUAAUGGAAAAACCGAGGUGUCAGAUGACAUGCUAUCAGAUAUGCAAAAGGAUGUUAGUGAUGACACUAUUAGUUCUGAAAAGAAGCAAGAUAAUACUGAAGAUGAUGAAGAGGAGGACCUGAAUGAUUCAUUCACUUCAAAUGACUUUGUCUAUAGCAAGUUACUUUCUGCAUCUGAUGACCACAGCUUAGAGAUGUCAACGGAUAUGUUAUCAGUUGAAAAUCAUACGCACCAGAUGUCUACUUCACCUGUGGGCUCAGAGCACCAGUUGUUCAGGCGAUAUGUCCCAAGCCCGCUAAGCAGCCAUGCAAGACGUUUAAGACAGCGUAAAUUGGGAACUAGCACGGUCUUGCCCCAUGCCAGCGAAGAUGAGGUUUUACAAGUUGUGAAAAGUAAACGCAGCAAUGAGAAGUCAGCGAAAGGUACCGAAGAGGAUGAAGAAUGUGCUUUAUCAGAUACUGAUAGCACUGGGUCUGGGGGAGGAGGAGGUGGUGGAGGAGGCGGAGGAGGAGGAGAAAGCGAAAAGAAACCAUUGCUAUCUGUGAGAGACUCUAUAAUUAUUGCCCAGUCACGACAUGAUAACCAUAAAGAUAGUGAUUCUGACAGUUGGGACACAUCACUGAGCAGUCAGCAAGGCCCAAAACCACAGUCAUUUAUAUUCCGGCAAGAAUCCAGUUCCAACUCCCAAAAAGCACGUGACAAAGAUAGCAAUCACUUGCUGAUACAAGGAAUCAGCAGUUUUGGUUUACACAGUCCUGAUCAGCUACCCUCAGAAAUGCUUCAUGUAUCUUGCCACAAAGACUGUAAAGCCAGUGUAUGUCUUGAUCCUGAUAUUAUAGACUUAACAUUAAUUCCUCCACCAGAGGUGACAAUGAACAAAGAAUGCAUCAGUCUUUCUCACAAUCUUACCAGUGCACCACCACCUGGCUUUUCUGAUGAUGACCAAAUAGAAAACAAAACCAGUUUCAAACCAGUUUGUCACCAAAAACAACAACAACUGCAACAGAUCAAGCCACAAAGUUCCAAGCUGGUACAUCCUGUAUCUUUAGUAUUAGAUCAAGCAAGUGUGAAAGUCAUGUCAAGCCCUUGUUCAGACAUAUACAAUGUGACUGCUGAAAUACAUUCACCCUCAUCACCAUGUCAUAUAAGAAGUACUUCAGCUGAGCCAAUCAAAAUUAAACCCAAAGACAAGAGAAUGGCAAUGCAUACAAUCGAAUCAAGAAGUGAGACAGCCCCAUCCUUUGUGACAUUAUCUUCUUCAAUUGACACUCCAGCAUCAAGACGUAGUAGGUUCAGAACAAAGCGCUAUCAACAAAUGGUAAGAUCAGCAAGCGCUGAACACUGCCCAAGUUUACUAGAUGAAGAUAUAGAUUCAUUGAUUGCAAAACUGAUUGUGCCACCACCUCCAAGUCUUGAUGAAGAUAUAUGCUGCGAAGUGCAGGCUACUGCCGAAGCAAGGACUCCCAGUUGGAGUGGUUGGUCAGGGGAUGGCAGCUACUCCGACACAAGUCAGGGUGGCCAUGACAGCGGCAACUUAUCUGUAGAAGAGGACAUUUCUUUGCUAGUGAUACCACCACCACCCUUAUCAUCAUCUUCAUCUUCAUCAGAAUCGUGUAAUCGGCUAGAAAAACCUCAAUCAACAUCUUCUGCAGCAUUAUCUCCAUCACCCAUAUUAACCAGAUUCCGAAAAUCUUCUUCGUAUAUGAAGGCAAAUUCCAUUGAUCUGCUUUUCGAGGAAACUGAAGAUGACCAAAGUAUUCAGAAGUUUGGUUCCAAAGAAUCUGUUGAAAGUCAAUCACUUGUAGCUUUAUUAUCAGAAGAUGACAGCAAACAGGAUUCAAAAGGCUAUAACAGAGAUAAUAUCCAGUCCCCUACCUCAGUCUCAGAAAAGCUAAAAACUCUUCUUCAUUUGAUACCCCCAACCAAUGUUCAACGAUCUCAAACAUUCACAAAAGCUUCAACACUUCCAGACUCAGGGCUAACCUCUUCUAAAACUAAUUCUCCCAUGAUGCAAAGUUAUUCAGAAUCUGCAUCACUACAGAGCUUGCUGAGAAACAGUUGUAGUGAUAUCGAAAGUCUGCAAGAUACCACACUAGAUGAUAAUGGUUGUUAUCAAACACCUAUCAAGGAAAAUGAUAAUAGUGAUGCUAUGCAGAAAUUUAAAGGCAAAGAAGGAUCAAAUUUUAGCUGUGAUAAAAGUAUGGACAAUUUUAUUCCAAAACAUCACAAAGCAUCUCAUAUUUCUGAUACCUCUCAAUCAAGGGGUCACAGUGAAAUAGUGAUGUUGAAAAUUGGUGAUGAUUAUAGUGAUGACAUGGAAAAAAGGGUUGAUUCAAAUUUUAAUUCUCAAUGUGAUAAUAAAGCAUUCCAUGAAUCAAAAACACAAACUUUAUUUAGGGAGUUGUCUUUGAACGGAAGCAGGUCUCCAUUCCUUGAAGAAAAUGUAUCUGCUCAGUAUCUCACUAAAUCAAGAUCAUUAGACUUUGCUCAAGCAUCUGAUGACAUUCAAUGUACCCAAGUGUGCAGCAGUAGCGAAACAUUCACUGCUCUCAAAACGAAACUACAGGCCUACCGUGACUUCCUCCUUAAAAGGAAAUCAAGAUCUAGCACUUGUAAAAAUAAAGAUUUGCAUCGAUCCAAUUCUUUAACACUCUUUAGACAGGACUCUGAUACCUGCUGGAAAAGAACUUCUAGUCUUGAAAAUAAACAUUUAAAUACAAUAGGAAAAGGUAAAAGUGCUUCCAUUUCUUCAUCUGAUAGCUCUGAUAAAAGCAAAGCUCUAUCUGAAGCUAUUCAUAAGCAAUCUUUGAUGAUGCAAGGUAUUUCUUCACAAUCAAACUCAGUCCUUCGUCCAAGGACAACAUUAAAUAAGCAAUCUCAAAACCAAAAGUCAACAACUUGCAAACCAGGCCCUUUAAAAGCCCUACAGCAUGUUUUGGGAGUACCUCCAAGACCAUCAGUUCCAAAGGAAGCAAACUCAGCAACAAAUGCUUCUUCUAAUAAAUUUGAAGCAAAUUGUAAACAUUUUUCAGACAAUCCUAUCUGUUCUAUACAUAUGUGGCAACCAAUUGUGUGUGGCAAUCAGGCUUUAGAGGAUCCAUCACGAAUAAACCAUUAUGCUACUUUUAAACAUAUAUGGGAUUCUUUUAGAAUUCAGAAUUUCGAAAGUGGAACUCAUUUCCAAACUGUAUCUGAUUGUUCUUCAUUAGAAAACAUUCCAAAAAAUAAAUUUUCAGAAUCAAAGUCUGAGUUACUGAGUCGAGUUUAUAAUGGAGAAGAGAGUUUGUCAUUGGCAUCAAAAGAUAUUGAAACUCUUGUAAAAGACAUGCAAGUGGAUUUAGGAAACUUUAAAGAACUACAAAAUAUUGAAGAUGAAAAUUAUUUUGAGGAAUCUCGAUCAAAACUGUAUCUCCAAACCAAACAAUUUAUUAACCAUACAAAGUUUUUUCUAAUAAAUGCAGCUCUCACGAAAGAAAAACUGCAAAACAGCUUGAGUACAUGCAUGCAUUCUGUCACAAAAGUGUUCUUUUUUGCUUAUGAGACUAUGAUAACUUUGAAUUCAGUGCAGAAAUCUCAACAUCUCGGAACAGAACUAUGUAUUCUCGCACAGUCUUUCAAAGAUACUCUUCAGGCAGUAUUUACUGCUGCUGGGAGACCAAACACAGACCCGCAUGUGCAGCUUCUAAUGAGGCAAGCCUUGUAUAUGGCAUCUCUAUUACGCACAUUUUUGACGACUGUAAAGUCUUUGGAAUAUCCCUGAUGUACCAGCUCAACAGAGACGUUUUAUUUGUUGAUUACUUUAAAGAAGACAUACCUUUCAGAGAGAUUAUCCCAACCAUGAAAAUUAUAUUGUAAUGUGUAUGUUUGGAUAAACAAAUGAAAGAAAAGUAUUUAAUUCAUGUAGUAGAGUUUAUUAAUUUAUUUGAAGUUAAUGAUUCACCGUUAUUGCUCAGUUUUCUUUCCACAUGUGAUCUUUUAGGUGAUAAAAUGAAAUAUUUUUGUUGCUUUAAGGAUCACACAUAGUGAGAAGCUUAGUAUCAGCAGAGUGAAUCAUCAUCUUCAAGCUAAUAUAUAUAAAGUAAGAAUGUUGGAGAGCAGAUAUAAACAAAGUACCUUGUGGUACUGUAUUUAGUAAUAUCCUUGAUCAUGCUGAGUUCAGAUCUCAUCUGGAUUGACUUUGCCUUUCAUCCCUUUGAGGGUCAAUAAAAUGACAACUAGUCAUGUACUGGAAUCAAUUCAAUCAACCUGUGGUCUUGUGCCAAUGUAAGAAAUCAAUCAAUUUUAUAUAUGAAAUAACAAACGACUGUGAACUUGUCAAGUGUCUUAUCUUCAUUACAGAAAUAUCUGGUAACAGAAAUUAUGAGUGCAAAUCAAAGCAAAUUGCACUUUGAAGCAUAAGAUAUCUAAUUUGAAAUCUGAAAAUAAUUACAAGAAGUAUAAUUCCAUGUAGAAUGUAAAGAAAUAAUAAUCUGCUUUACAACAUUUUCAACUGCCUGUGUUUAAUUAUGUUUAAUUAAUAUCAUUUGCAGAUUAGAAAUUACAGAAUAGAAUUUAGUCCCUGUAGUGAAUUUUAAAACAUUCCUUAAAUUUAAUCUUUAUAUUAUUAAUUGAUGGUAAAAUCAUAAUAGUUUAAAAGUAAUGAAGUAUUUCAAAAUAUGCUGUAAGCUGCAAAAUUUAUUUCCUGGGUUGAGGAAUUAUAGGGUGGCUUCAAUGAAGUUUUUAAACUCGAGACAAAAUGGUAAAAUUUUCUGUAGUUGGAAGAUGAAGAAUGAUGCAAAAAAAAUAAUCCUUAAUCAGCUGUUUUUCAUGACAAAAUAGAAAUGGAGGAAACAUUUUUCCCUGAAAUAUUUUAUUAUUAUUUUUAUAUACUAAUUCUGAACUAAUAUGGACUUCUCGAAUGUGAUAAUAUCUUUGAAGGCCUUUUCAAA